UCUCCUCUUCCUCCCUCUCCUCGCACUACCAGAAGCGCACCAGCAAGCUCAGCUCUGCUCUACUCAGCAUUUUGCUGCAAAGUCACCUACACACACAUACCAAUAUACCAUGGAGCCAUCAGUGGCCUGCUCCUUCUUCUUCGACGCCGAGCUGCUCGGUGAGCCCGGCAUGCCGACGAUGGACGCGUGCGCGCUCUGCGCCAAGCCGCUGGCGCGCGACAGCGACGUCUUCAUGUACAGAGGAGACACGCCCUACUGCAGCGAGGAGUGCCGCCACGAGCAGAUGCACCUCGACGCCGUCUGCGCCAGGCAGGCCGCGCGGAGGCUGCAGCGGUUCUCGGCGGAGACGGAAUCCCACCGUGAGCAGCGGCAGUCCAGGAAGGUGUCCGUCGCAAGCUAACCGGCUGGCCGCUGAAUGUUUUGUAUGGAUCGACAAGAUCCGAAUUCAGAAGAAUAGAGCGUCUGUAUUAUGAAGAAUCAUCGUCGUCUCCGUCUCUCCGGCCUGUGCUCUAGCCUGGACCGGUGGAGGCACCAGAUGCAGCUUGCCAGCUUGGCCUCGCCUACGGAAGGCAAGGCAGGGCAGCAGCAUCAGGCGGCACCAAGCAUAGGUGCCUGUAGCUUCCAUGUCCAUGGCAAGCUAUUUAGGCUGUCCGGGUGGGACGAAAUUUUACCUGAUUCUUGGUCGGUCUGUGAUGUGCCGAUGAAUUUACCUGGUUCGGAACGAAAUGGAAGACCAUGGAUCUGAAGAAAGCAACCGAACAUGAUUCUCAUUUUUUUUUCCUGAUAAAAAGCGCUUUUAUUAUCUUAAAA